AUGUCCUAUAGUUUGGCAUUUUGGUCCUCAACUCCCAAAUCAUCAAAUCAAACACGACUGAUCACAUCCCCAAUCAAACAACAGCCAAACCACGAUCCUGAUCCAUCGCUGUUGAUCCGUUCGACCGAGUAUAAGCCGCAUUCGGUUCUGCCACCACUGAACAAUUCAUCAACUUUCGACUGGUUACCUCAGUUCUGGGAUGACUGGAUACGUUGGACUGGUCGUACACAACCCUCCAUCAACGAACAUCACUCAAAUUCACAUAGUCUGUACGACAGCGGUUUCUCCAGCUCCGGUUGGCUUACAACGCCCGAGAGGUCUCAAUCCCGAGGAAUCGAUUUUUCCAUCGAUAGUCUCUUGUCAGAGCCGCGGAGCCGUGUUCAAGUUCGGGCGCACGUGACUGGUGUUGGUGGUGAAGAUGGUCCCAUUGAUUUGACAAUGCCCAAAUCGAUCUGGUCGGCUCGAGCUGAUGGUUUUCGUACUCCACCAAAACCAUCCAGAAAACUGCUUUCCACCAGUUUCGACAAAAACAACGACAACAACAAUAAUACUAACUCUGUGGAUUUGCUGACGUGUAAGCAUUGCGGGAAACCAUAUACGUCUCGUUCUUCACUUCGACUACACGAGGCUACGCACACACUGCCGUUCGGUUGCGAGGAUUGCGGGAAACGGUUUUCACGACCCUGGCUACGAGACAUACAUCAUCGCACGCACACAGGCGAGAAACCCUACGCGUGUCAAAUUUGUGCACGCCGAUUCGCCGAUCGAUCCAAUAUGCGAGCGCAUCAACGUGUCCACGAGGUCCGCGAACGAGUUCGACGAGCGAAUAAGCAACACAACCUGAUCAUCUGUUCCGCGAUCACUCGGAUAUUAUGCUCGAGUACUUACUUGCCAGGUCCUAGGUUCGAUGCUCAGUUGGAUCGAUUGAUGCACGAGAUGGAUGAAACCCCAUGGAACUGCUUAACGGAAUUCGAUGACAUUCAAAUGUCCAACUAUGUAAUUAAAUGCCGUGGUGGUGUUGGUGUUAGUGUUGUUGUUGGUGGUGGUGGUAGUGGAAAACAGGAAAUGCGGGGUGAAAUGAUGGUGACCAAAACCGCUUAA